AAUUACAAUUGCACAAUCCCUUUCCAGAAUACCUAAAUCCAUAAUUUCUUAUUUCACCUCCACCCCGUUUCUCUUCAGCCACUACUCCGCCUCUCCUUCAUCGUUUCUCUAUCGUCUCUUCAACCACUACUCCACCAUUUCUUUGCCUCUCCUCUGUCGUUUCUCGGCCUUCGUCCUUCCUUUCUCUUAACAAGACAAGGUUCAAAGCAUCAUCAACUCCCCAAUACUGCUGCUGAAAAACUUUUGUGGGCGUGAAUUUGCUCGCUGAAAACUUCCUCUUCCCUUUACUGCUGCUGCUAGUUUUCGAUCCCCAUUCUUCUGUUAAAGCUAUUUUUUUCUGCUUCCUCUUUGACUCUUUGCAUUUUAGUUAUUUCUAUUGGCUUUGCUUGUUAACACUCUUCUGCUAAAGUUUUUUUUUUUUUUUUAAUUAUGGUAUUUAUGAUGGGAUCAAUUGAUUUUUUUUCUUAGAAGACUAUCGAAUUGGCUGUUUCCUGAAUGCCGAUCACAUACUAUAGCUAGGGUGUCAUUAUUUAGAUUGUUACGAAAACUGGCAUAGAAUAGAUUAAACACGAGAAUGGUAAUCCCACAAGUCAUGAGUACCGCUGGUCUUCUUUGGCAAUAAUGCAGAUCGAGUUUGUCACUGUUCAAGUACACUCAAGUGUUUUUCUGGUUUGCGUAUGGCAUCAUUUGAUCUUUUUGUGUGCAGUGUUCAUAGUUGUAUCAAGUACACUAGGACAAGAAAUGGUUAAUAGCAGCAACAAUAGCAGCUUUCGGCCUUUAACAUGUAACCCUCACUAGAGAAAGAAACAACUUUAAUAUACAGAAUAUCACAACUUUAUAACUGUAAUAGCUGGAGUGUUACCAUUGGAUAGUAGUCUUUUAAUUAAUAAGAGCAAUAUAGGUGAUUGUUUUUAUUUAUUAACAUUGUAUUCUGAUUAGUAAAUAGCUAGCCCAGGAUGUGUGAACUUUAUGAUGUAUUAAAUUAUAACCAGUGGGCAUUUUCUAGAAAAAAUGCAUUCUUUGUAAAUAGAAUUGUAGGUUUACAACAUCCUUUCUUUUUCUUAUUCUACUAACUCAACAUCCUUUUUAGAUAUAAUGAUAUUCAAAUAUUUGUAUCCUAACAAUUAUAUUUUAUUAGUUACUUAACUGAUCAAACUAUAUAGAGUACAACUUAUUUUAAAUUUAGUUUAACACGAACGUUUAGUUUCAAAGUAGAUAUAUAUUAUAAUUUGAGUGGAAUUUUAAGUUUGAAUCUUUUUUUUCUCUAUAAUAAGAACGAGUCAUGAAUAUAAAGGGUUAUUAUAAUACGCAUAUAGGUGUUAAAGCUCCAAAUUUAGUUGCCUGGGGCAGUGCUGUCGAAAGCACUAAGAAAUUAGAAGUGCAAAAAGUUGAAAUUGAAGUAAUAUUGUAAUGCCAACCAAAUGGUUUUUAUUCUAAUCAAAGAUUCAAAGCAUCAAUAUAUAGCAAAAAGUAUUGAUUCAAUGGACCAAACCACCUAGCAAAAUAUGUAGGUGCCCUUGUGCCCGCUUGUUCUUAUAAGAUUUUUAAGACCAAAAUGAUAAGCAUACUCUGCCUUUUUUUUCUUAAAUAAUUUAAGAGACCAAAAGUAAAUUAACUUGCAAUGGCCAAUAGAAAUGUAUAUAUAUUAGUGCUUGGAUUAUUAAACUUGAAGAAGCUUAUACACACUUAGUUUUUAUGUAUAGCUUAAAAAGAUAACAAAAGUGUCAAAUAAAUAAAAGAAGGUGCAAAUUUAAGUUGGCAUAUAGAAAUUGAAAACAAGAAGCAAGGUGCCAAUUGGAACACAAAUGAGUGAAAUGAAUAACCAACUUUAUGACAAACUACUAUUAGUGAUGUGAUUAUAUAUACUCAUAUUCUUGUCUAUUAGCAAGAUUAAGAUAAGCAAACAUGUUUAUACAACAAUAAUUUAUAUGAAUUGACCACUAAUAAUAAUCUUUAAUAUUAUAUAUAUAGAUAGAGAAAAGAAAAACUAAUAAUAAGGGGAUAUCUGGGAUUAGUUAUGUACAGGUUGGCUUAAGCCUCUAUUUUACUAACGUCUAUGACUCACCGGAUGUAUUUCACUUAUGUCUAUCAGGUAGAGAUUUAGUUGGCUUAUGAUUGGAAAUGUCAUUCUUUUUCUUCUUUUGCAUGUUGAUUAUUCUGAUUGGGAAAUACAAUAUAAAAUUGGAACUUUAUGGAUGUUAUUUGUAUUUAAACUUAUGGUUGUGAUUCAGAAAUUUGUUGGCUUAGGCCUUUUAAAAUGGAGUUGUUAUAAAUUGGUGAGAACUCUGCAAUUUCGAAUCAAUCCCUCAAUGUUAUGUAGUACUUUGAUUAAUUAAUUACUCAUUUUUCUUAAGGUAUGAAAUCAAUCAUAGAAGAACAUGAGUGACGAUCGAAGUUGGAUGUAUCAAAGGCUAAUAAAUGGCCUUCUCAAUCUUGAGUUUAUCGAUGGCGUCGACAAAUUCGUUGAUUUUGCGUGUACUCAUCCGGAAUGGAUGGACGAAGCAAAAAUAAAGUGUCCAUGUCCAUGCAAUAAGUGUCAGAACCGCCAAUACCUAGAUGUUGAGACUGUGAAAUUACAUCUUCUGAGAUAUGGCUUUUUAGCUGGAUAUUAUGUGUGGACAAGACACGGGGAGACAGAGGCAAGGACCACUGAAAGUUAGCCGGUUUUUUUCGUUUGAGGAACCUAAAAUAACGGAUGAUAAUCAAUACCAGAAAAUGGUGAUGGAUGCUGCUGGACCUUCAUUCGAUCCAAAUUUCGAUGAGCAUCCUAAUAUCGAGGCGCAAAAAUUAUAUGAUAUGCUAAAUGCAGCAAAUAUCCAUUUAUGGCCCGAGUGUCAGACCCAUUCACAGUUAUUCUAGUCUCUAGAAUGCUGAAUAUCAAGGCCGAUCACCAUUUGUCAGAGCGCGCUUUCGAUGCAGUUGCUCAACUAAUCAAAGAGACCGUUCUAGAAAACAACCUUGUCACUGAAAACUUUUAUUAUACGAAGCGCUUAGGUCGGGGGUUGGCAUUACUAGUAGAGAAGAUACAUUAUUGUUUUAAUGGCUGCAUGAUUUAUUGGGGGAAAAUGUGAAUUUGACUGUGUGCAAGAUUUGUGGCCAUCCAUGUUACAACAGACGGCAUGCCACUGAAAGCAGUCAAAAAAGGAAAAUAGAUGUACCUUUCAAAAAGAUCUAUUACUUCCUUUUGACAGCACGUCUUCUUAGAUUAUAUGCUUCAAAAGCAAUUGCUAAUGAAAUGAGGUGGCAUGCGGAGCAUGAGGUCCAGGACUGUGUAAUGCAGCAUCCUUUAGAUUUUAUUGCUUGGAAGCAUUUUAAUGAUGUUCACCCCGAUUUCUCUUUUGAAAUCAGAAAUAUUCGUCUUAGCCUCUGCACAGAUGGAUUCCAACCUUUUAGAUAGUUUGGUCAAUAAUACUCAUGCUGGCUAGUUAUAGUCACAUGUAUAAUCUGCCCCCCUAGAUGUGUAUGAAAGACACAUCGAUGUUUUUAACAGUCCUUGUUCUAGGACCUCGUAAUCCAAAACACAAGAUAGAUGUGUAUCUGCAGCCAUUGAUUAGUGAAUUGAAGUGUGGGAAUAUGGGGUUCAAGCAUUCAACAUUUCUCGGAUUCAAAAUUUUCAAUUACGAGCAGCUUUAAUAUGGACAAUCAACGACUUCCCCGCAUAUGCAAUGUUGUCCGGUUGGUCCAUCGUCGGCCGUUUGGCUUGUCCUUAUUGCAUGGAGGAUUCUGAUGCCUUUACCUUUAGUAAAAGUGGUAAGCAAUCAUGGUUUGACAAUCACAGGAAGCUCUUGGAUACUGAUCAUCCUUUCAAAAGGAACAAGUAUGGAUUUCAGAAAAAUUAAAUUGUCUAAAAGGUUGCACCCCUAGUUAGAUCAGGAGAAGAAAUAUUAGGUAUGCUUGAUGAUAUCAGAAUGAAAAAGGUAACACAUGUAGAUGGUGAUGCAAUUAAUGGUCCACUAAGUAAAUCAUGGGGUUGGAGAAAACAAAGCAUCUUUUGGGAUUUGCCCUAUUGGAGCUCCAAUCUUAUUCGGCACAACCUUGAUGCUAUGCAUAUUGAGAAUUUUUUUUUUAACAAUGUCUUUAACACAGUGUUGAACAUACCUGGCAAAACAAAGGACACUCUGAAGUCUAGGCAAGAGUUAAAUGAGUAUUGUCAGAGGCUGGAGCUUGGAAAGUCUUCGUCAACUGGUAAAUACCCAAAGGCUCGCUACACACUUGAUAAGGAAGCUAAAUUAGUAUUGUUUGAAUGGCUCAAAAAGUUAAAAUUCCCUGAUAGAUAUGUGUCAAAUAUGGGAAGAUGUGUAGAUAUGAAAAAGUUGAGGUUGUUUGGCAUGAAAAACCACGAAUGAAAUGUCUUCAUGCAGAGAUUAAUGCCUAUUGCCUUCCGUGAACUACUGCUGGCAAAUGUGUGGAAGGCUCUAACUGAGUUGAGCUCGUUUUUCAAGACUCUAACUGCAACAGUCAUUAUGAAUGAAGAUAUGUCUAGACUUGAAGCUGAGAUCCCAAUUAUCCUAUGCAAGCUUGAGAGAAUUUUCUCUCUGAGUUUCUUUGAUUCUAUGGAACAUCUUGCUGUUCACUUACCAUACGAGGCUUGCAUUGCUGGACCAUUCAGUUUCAGUGAAUGUACCCAUUCGAGAGGAUCUUCGGAAGUACAAGAAGAAUGUGAGAAAUAAGGCACAAGUGGAAAGCUCAAUAUGCAAUGCUUAUUUAGUAGAGGAGACAUCUGCUUUCUGCUCGUACUACUUUAAGGAUUAUGUGGCAACAAAAACAAGAACUGUGCCUUGCAAUUCUGAAUGUUGGGGCAGAGAUGAUCAACCAAUUUAUGAAGGAAACCUUUCUAUUUUCAAAUAUAUUGGAAGAUCAUUUGGCUGUUCAAGAACAGGAUGUAUGACACUAGAAGAAUACAAAGAUGCUUAGUCAUACAUUUUGCUUAAUUGCGAAGAAGUAGAUCCAUUCGUGAGGUUAGUAUCCUCUUUUUAUGGAAGAAUUAAUAACUACCAUUAUGUUUUUCUUAAUGUUAUCUAAUAGUACAUAUUAUAGUAUUUACACGAAUAUAUUACGAAAACACAAUCCAAACAUUACGGAUAAAGAAGUGGAUGAAAAACUUGAAAUGGACUUCCCUGUAUGGUUCAAAGCAUACGUGGGUCUUCUUCUUCUAGCAGUGUUUGUCGAUAAAGUGAAUGUUUUGUAAUACAUUCACUGAAUAUAGUUUUAAUCUUUUAGGCAGACGAUCCAUCAUGUAAUAUUCAUAAUAAUCUCCUUAAGGAUCUUGCAAAAGGGCCUUUGACUACUGUUACGACAUACCCAAGGUAUUUUAUAAAUGGUUAUAAAUUUCACAGAGUAGGGCACGAUUCAAUGGAUAGUGGGGUAUGCAUCAAAGGCCAAAAUUAUAGUGUUUCCGAGAAUGAUUUCUACGAUCAGCUAAUUGAGGUUGUCCAGAUUGAAUAUCUUAAUUGGCCAAUUAAGAGAACGGUUUUAUUCAAGUGUGAAUUGUUUGAUCCAAUGGCUAAUGUGGGUACAAAGGUUCAUGACCAAUAUAAAAUUGUUGAAAUCAAUCAUAGAAGACGAUAUAGAAAAAACGAACCAUUUGUACCCGUCCACGCGACGAGACAAAAAUGAUUAGUGGGUGGUCUCGAAGAUUAAACCUAGAAGAAUUGUUGAUAUCCUCGAAAGCUCUUCCCAAAAUAGACAUGCACUUGCACAACCCCCAUUUCAGGAUGAGUUGACCGAAAUCCAUGCUAUUGGGACAGUAGAAGAAGAUCAAGUUACAAAAUUGGAUGAUCUGACGGGUGCUUUCAUUGAUAUUGCAGAUAAUGAUAUUUCUUCAGGAGAAGAAUCAGAACUACAAUCAGAAACUCCCUCUGAACCAGAGGACGAAUUAGAUAUGGAUAAUUUAAAUAAUACUAAUAGUGAAUAGAGGUACUUGUAAUGUUGGUUAAAUGAUUAAGUGGUUGUAUUUUAGUUAUCCUUAUAAUAUUGCAAUUUUAUAUAUUAAUUCAUUCAAUUUUAUAUUAAUUUGCUUAUGAUUUUUUAUGAAUGUUUUAUUCUACAGGAUGUCAACUAGACGACACCGUGCAUAUGGCACCCGGAGCAGUGGACAGGAUCGAGGCUCAGGCGGGAGACCUCCAUCCGCUGGUAGUUUAUUUGCAGCGCCUAUCGAUUCCACCGCUUCAUCCAUAUCCACAUUUUCAGCUCCACCCACAUCGACAGUUCCACCCCCAUCUUCAGCUCCACCCACAUCGAUAGCUCUACCCCAUCUUUAGGUCCACCCACAUUGACAGCUCCACCCAUGUCUAUGGCUCCAUCCUCUAGUGCACCUCUAUCCACUCGAGCGCCAUUGUCGUGUACAUUGACAGCUACUUGUACUACUUCACACCCAUCUCCAUCCACUCGAGCGCCAUCCCCAGCAUCACAACCAUCUCCAUCGCAGCUGACUACAUCUGUGACUCCCGGUGUUGUCUCAGGCUUGGGUGGCUGUGGUAGUGGUCGUAAGAGGAUAUGUUUAGAGAAUAGAAAAUUCGUUGAGUCGCACCAUAUGUCUGCCUGUAUAUCCAAUAUAUUUAGGGAGGCUAUCUGUCAUGAGGGAUAUACGUGGAAGGCAGUGACACCAGAAGCUCAAGAGAGAUAUUGGAUCAAGUUUCAAGUUAAUGCCUAUUUUGGGAAUUGUUUUGCUGACUUGCAAUGUGUUUUGUUGAGUUGUGAAAUGCUUUAUGUAUUACAGAAAUUUUUGGAGUGGGAGGAUUCUAUUCAUGAGAUGGUGAAACUAGCAUGGGAGCAGCUGGCUGCUAGGAGAUACACUGAUAUGCCGCAUAAGUGGAAGGGUAAGGGACGACCCCCAUGUGUUCCAGAGGAUGUUUGGCAUAGAUGGCAGGCAAAGUGGUCAGAGAGUUCCUUCCGAGCACUUGCAGCAUGUCAAUCCAGGAACCAUUGGAGUGAGACAAGAGGCCUUGGAUCGGGGCCGACACGGUACACUUGUGGCUCCAUCUCUAUUCAGGAGCACGCUAGAAGGAUUGAAAGGGCUGAAGGUGCACCCCCGAGCAAGGUCCGAUUGUUUAAUGAGACCCACAUAACUAAAGUCCAUGAUGGAUCGAGGUGCUAUAUAGAUGACCGCGCCAGACAAUUUGGGGAAAGCCUUAAGGAGCGCCUAGCAGAGGCGUCUCACGAUGAAGACGGUAAUCCAGUGCCACUAUUCGGGGAGGAGGAGAGAAUUUUCUUAGAGACAGUUUAGGCUUCCUCACAUAGCAAAUAAGUAUAUGGAACAAAGAAUAAUAGGAUGUCUUCAAAUCAGUCUGAUGCCUCGACCUCCACAACUGCCACUAGUGGGAUUGACGAGCAGCUUUUUCGACAGCUUGAAGACACUACCAUUCAAUUGGCGAGUCAGUUGCAGGACAUAGAUAAGCGGAUUCAGAUAUUGGAAAAUACCGUGCGCCAGUUGCUUUAGGGGAUGACCUAGAACAUUCAGCAGCUUGUCCAUGGGCCGUCUACCCAACCCCUCAGUGACGACUCGCAGCAAGAUCCAUCUUCUGGCGAGUCGCGAGUUUAUUAGUACUUAUCCUUUCUACUUUUAUAACUCUCUGACUGUACAUUGGCUUAGUCAUUUAGAAUUUGUUUAUUUUUUUAUUAGGUGAUUGCACUUAUUAAUAUUAUAUAUUUUAUAAAAAUCUAAUAUUCACUUA